AUGACGAUUCCAAACUGUGCUUUGGAGGCCAUCGAAGGCUUGACUGGCUUUCGAGAUCCUGUUGGUGACAAGGUGAUGGUCGGUCCACCCGUCAGCACCCGCGAUCGCCUUUGUCACCGGCACGUCCUGCUGGUCUCGUCUCCGGACGAGGACAAAUUCCAGCAGGUGCCACUGACGCGACCAAGGAUGCAUCCAGAUGGACUUCUCUCGCUCCGGCAGUCAGGCAGAAAAAAGUGUUACUUCUUAAUGUGGCCUUAAUGGCAUUCCCACCACAGUGUGGGAUCCGAGCCAGGAGUUUGCGGCGCACCUAGGUGAGGCUGCUUCGGCCGUGCCAGCCUUCAAUCCGUGUUGUGUUGGUUGAAAUUCUGGUCAUUCGUUGCGUGGACCAGGCGGUGCGGAGUGGAGCGCCAAGGUGAGGAUCCGUCCGAGCCGUCCACCUGCGGCCUCCCUCAUCUCCGGUCUUCUAGACUCUGUCUUGACACCGGGCCCAGGCGGGGGAGGAGGAGAGAGUGUGGUAGAUGCAGCGCAAGUCUACUGGCACUAUAAACCCCUGCGUAAGUCACCGUCCCUGCUCCCAUUGCUGCUGCAACUGUGGAGCACACGAUGCACAUCAUCGAAACCGAUGGUCGAACUGUCGCGUGUGUGUGUGCGUGUGUGGGGUGUAGGGGUGUCAGCGGUGGGUUCACGUGAAGGUCGUAGUGGUCGCUCACUUUCUUGCAGGUGAGACUACGUCUAGCGUCCACUUGCUGGCACUCAACUCUCACCUGUGGCUCCACGUAGCUGGGCUCUGCUCAGCGGCCACACCUCGGGCAACGGCCUCGACCGGCAGGCUAAACCAGGGGAGGGCGGUUACUCCCUGUGCGCGUUGUUCCGCGUGCACAGGUGACUGCGGACUCCGUGGACGGUUGGUCGGAUGGAACACCGCGUCGGCACCGUCGUGACGAGGCUCAGUCGAGCACACCGCUGGUCAGCCAGUUGAUGGUGGAACGUCGCAUCGGCAUCGUCGAGACGAGGAUCCGCCUGAAACGCCGUUGAUCAGCCGGUGGGAUGGAUCUCCGAAUUGGCACCGUCGACACGCGCCCAUCUGGUGCACCGUAGGAGACCGCAGGCUUGCGGCAAUGCCGUAAGCCAUUGGCAAAUUCGAGUCGUUCUUCCACUGCCAAAAAAACUCGUGGCCCACAGUGGAGUUCGGCCGCGCCGGCACAUCAAGCAGCCCCUAUUCAGGGGUCAGGGCACUGCUUCCUUCGGGGGGGCCUGGAAAAGCUGGCCUAAAAAUUGCUGGGGAACCACGUCGUCUGCUGGCGCACCGUGGUCGCAGACGCAAAACUCACGGUCGAAACAAUCAAACUCGAAACAACAACAAUAACCAUACUCAUUCUCCUCACCCUACCUCUUCUACCUCUACCGCCGUCUAUUCUUCUGCCUAUUCUUCUCCUUCGUCAUCUUCUUCUCCACCUCCUUCCCGUCGCCCCACUCGUUUUCCCCAGACUGACAGGGUGAGCCCGCUCACACUGGCAGCCUGGAAUGUUCGUUCCCUUUUAGACAAUCCGAGGAGCAACCGAUCGGAACGGAGGACGGCGCUAGUGGCACGAAAACUGGCGCGCUACAAGGUGGACAUCGCCGCACUCAGCGAGACCCGAUUCUCCGAACAAGGCCAACUGGAGGAGGAGGUGGGUGCCGGUUACACCUUCUUCUGGAGUGGUCGACCCAGGGCAGAGCGACGAGACGCGGGUGUCGCCUUCGCCAUCCGGACCGACAUCGUGGGACGACUACCCUGUUUGCCGCAGGGAAUCAACGACCGCCUAAUGAGCCUCCGUCUGCCCCUCCUGCGAGGAGGCAAGUUCGCCACCAUCAUCAGCGCCUACGCUCCGCCGAUGACCAGCCCCGACGCCGUCAGAGAAAAAUUCUACGAGGACCUGCAUGCCCUCUUGGCGACUGUGUCGAAGGCGGACAAGUUGAUUGUCCUUGGUGACUUCAAAGCCCGCGUUGGCACAGACCAUACUGCCUGGAGAGGAGUGCUGGGUCCUCACGGUCUCCGCGGCUCCAACGACAACGGCCUGCUUCUCCUCCGCACCUGCGCAGAACACCGCCUCAUCCUGACGAACACGUUCUUCUGUCUGCCGGAGCGAGAGAAGGCCACCUGGAGGCAUCCUCGGUCGCGUCAGUGGCACCUGCUGGACUAUGUCCUCGUCCGGAGACGAGAUCAGCGGGACGUGCUGAUGACGAAGGCGAUCGCGGGUGCUGACGGGUGGACCGACCAUCGCCUCGUCAUCUCGAAGAUGCGUAUUCGCCUACAGCCUCGCAGGAGACCACAAGGUAAGCGACCCCCAGGUAAGCUGAAUGUUGCUUUGUUGUUUUUGGUCGCUCAUCAUCUUCAUUUCAGCAGUGAGCAAACUCAAUAGCUAGACAACCUUCCAGUCGUUGCCGUCGCCGACGACGUCGCCGCCGCUGACGAGAACGCCUCCGUGGAGAACCGAUGGUGUCAACUGAGGGACACACUCCAGUCGACGGCGCUCGCCGUCCUCUGUCGUGCACCCCGUCAACCCCAGGACUGGUUCGACGACUACGACGCCGCCAUCAGAAGUCUGCUUGCUGAGAAGAACCGCCUACACAAAGCCUACGUAAACCACCCCACUGACGACAACAGAGCUGCUUUCUACCGUAGUCGCCGCCACCUUCAGCAACACAUGCGCGAGAUGCAGGACGCCCGGGCGGCUUGUAAGACUGAGCAGAUGCAAUGGUAUGCGGACCGCAAAAAAUGGAAUAACUUCUUCUCUGCGAUCAAAGCUGUCUGCUGUCCGUCGACCAAAGUCACUUCUCUUCUCCUCAGCGCCAAUGGCAGUACCCUCCUGACAGAGAAGACACAAAUUCUAUAGUUAUGGGCCGAACACUUCCUUUGCGUCCUUAACCGCCCCUUUGCCAUCUCCGACGCCGCUAUUGCCCGUUUGUCGCAAGUGGAGACCAACGUGGACCUCGACCUCCCGCCAUCUCUCCAGGAUACCACCAGGGCCGUGCAGCAGGUCUCCAGUAUGAAAGCACCCGGAUCGGACGCGAUUCCUGCUGAGGUCUAUAAGCACGGCGCCCCCCCCCCAAUUUAUGGAUCACCUGACUGCGCUCUUCCAGGAGAUUUGGCGUCAAGGUGAAUUCCCGCAAGAUUUCAAAGAUGCAACAGUGGUUCAUAUAUACACGCGAAAAGGAAACCGCCGAGUCUGCUACAAUCACCGAGGCAUCUCCUAGCCCGAAAAUCGCCGGAAAGGUAUUCACACGCAUUCUCCUCAACCGCCUGAAUAAUCACCUAGAACAGGGUUUCCUGUUGGAAAGCCAGUGCGGGUGCCGUCGUCACCGCGGGACCGCGGACAUGAUCUUCGCCGUCCGUCAACUGCAGGAAAAGUGCCAGGAGAUGCGUAUUCGCGUGUACUCUACCAUCGCGGACCUGACGAAAACUUUCGACACGAUGAAUCGUGAAGGACUGUCGUAA